CCAUCCCCCAAUGCCUCUCCAAACCAAGACAGUAACUGGUUCAUCGCACUACCACAGUUUACACAUUAGCCUCUUUUACAGUUAGCAAAUCGUUCUCUGAACCAAACCAGUAUUCCCUUCAAACUAUAAGGAAACCAAGACCAAUGAAGCAGCUACAUUCUAUAGUCUUUGUCUUCAGCUUCCUCUUUCUAUGUUUUGUUGGGCUUUCCAAUGGAUCAUUGCUUCCAUUCACAGACCGCCAAGGAAGUUUGUUGGCUGACCUCUGGUCGGACCGCUUUCCGGACCCGUUCCGUGUACUAGAACAGGUUCCAUUCGGCUUGGAGAAGGAUGAGAGCAUGUUGCCAUCUCCGGCAAGGGUGGAUUGGAAAGAAACACCAGAAGGUCAUGUUAUAAUGCUGGAUGUGCCGGGGUUGAAGAGGGAAGAGCUGACGAUUGAGGUGGAAGAGAACCGGGUUCUGAGAGUGAGUGGAGAGAGGAAGAGGGAAGAAGAGAAGAAAGGAGAUCACUGGCACCGACUUGAGAGGUCCUACGGCAAGUUCUGGAGGCAGUUUAGGUUGCCUGAGAAUGUGGAUUUGGAUUCUGUCCAGGCCAAGUUGCAGGAUGGUGUGCUCACUUUGACACUGGCCAAGUUGUCCCCCGACAAAAUCAAGGGUCCGAGGGUGGUCAGCAUUGCUGGAGAUCAGAAUGAAGCUGCCAAGAUCACCAGCAGUGAGACCAAGCAGGAGCUUUGAGAUUUUUCCUUCUUUUUCUGCCUGUUGUUGUACCUGGACGACCAACUGAUGAUCCCUGUGUGAACUGUGUGUGAGAAAAUAAGGAGUUUUGCUUUAAUCUUUUCGACUGUAAAAUCUUGUAAUGGCUUAUUAUGAGUCUUCUUAUAUAUAAACCUAAUAUAUCUCAAUCUCUAUUAAAAGGAUAA